AUGGCAUUAGUUCGUCCGGAUGGAUAUGUGUUAGAUUCAUUAGGUCCGUUUUAUGGAACGGAUAACGGUGCAACCAUUUCUAGUCAUAUAAUACGUACUAGAAACGCAUUAACUGAUUGGUGUGAUGCUGGGGAUAUCAUGGUGGUUGAUAGGGGUUUUAGGGACGUGGUUGAAGCAUUAGCUGAAAUGGAUUAUGAACCAGAAAUGCCUGUGUAUUUAUGUAAGGGACAGAAACAACAUACAACGAUAGUGGGGAAUGAAUCAAGACUAGUUCCUAAAGUUCGUUGGAUUGUGGAAUCAUACCCUGCUCGAUUCAAGAAAUGGCAGUUUUUUGUUGAACAUGUUGAAAACUCACUGUUACCGAAACUUGCGGAUCGUGUUCACAUAGUUCCCGCUUCAUUCAAUAAACAUCGUGAUUCAAUAGUUAAUGAUGCUAAAACAGAUCGUUACGGUAACAUUGCUCAACUAAUGAGGGAUCGUCUUGCAAAAAAGAAUUUAUUAGCACAAAGCGCUGAGGCCGGUUCAUUAAGUGCACGUUCACAUUGGAAGAAAAUAAAUAAUGUUGAUUUUGAUUUUCCAGAACUCGAUAUUGAUGAGUUAAGACAACUUUUCUUCGACUGUUGUACUCAUGUUGCCAGUAUCGUCUGGUACCUGGCAUAUGUAAGACACAAUGAUUUUGAGCCAUCAACCGGUAGACGACAUAUUCAACAAGCAAUUGAAAAAAUUGAUGCACCAUCAUCAGAAGAAGAACAUGACACGUCAUAA